GAAAAAUUAUCGUUUACCGAAAGCUGCAUUUACAUAUUUGCUUGAAACAUUGGAAAGCAAAGUACAAGCUGGUGUAAGAAAAACCUCGAUACGCCUAAUUUUUAAACUAGCAGCGACUUUAAGGUUCUGUGCUCAGGGAUGCUACCAACUGAGUGUAGGAAACGAUAGCAAUAUUGGACUUGGCCAAUCUACUGUUUCCCUAGUUUUGACUGAAAUGUUUCAUGCUUAGGAAGAGCACGUGUGUCAAAAUUGGAUAAAUAUGAAUUACACUGAUGAAGAGAAACGAAAGGCGAAAAUGUAUUUUUUUGAGAAAAGUGGAAUUCCAGGCGUAAUAGGUUGCAUUGAUGGGACACAUAUUAAAAUCGUUGCCCCCAAAAUGGAUCUUCAACACCUUUACUAUAACCGGGAAGGGUACUUCAGCUUAAACGCGAUGAUAGCCUGUGAAAACGCUCUUAAGAUUCGUUACAUCAAUGCAAGACAUCCUGGGGCAACGCACGAUGCUACGGUUUUCAAUAUGUCUUCUUUAAAACCCCAAUUAGAAGAUGACUACCGCAGGGGUGAAAGGAAUUUAUUAUUAAGUUUGUUAUUAUCAAAUAUAUUGGACAUUUCGAUGGCUCUUACACAAAUUUGUAUAUAA